AUGUUGCCUGGACUCAUGCCCGAAGAUGAUUUCUUGAAAAGGAUGCAAGCUGUUAAUGAUAUGAAACAGAAGAUUGAUUCAAAAUACAAGAAUUUAUCUACAAAAGCAGCAAUUUCAAAAAAUAAAGCAACAAAAAUUUCAUGUGGUCAUAGAAAGCCUUCACUACAAUCACAAUAUCAUGUAGAGCCUAAGCAAAAGCCAUAUCAGCUUCUAAAGAAGCCACCUCGGCAAUCUCGGAGUAAAGUUUCUGAACCAGCCCUAAUCGUUAUCAAAAAAUACAUAAUUAAUUCCUCGCAAGGUGAUAUGUCCUCCGCAUUAAGGCCAAAGCUAGGUUCUAUAUCGACCAGAUCUUCACCACUUCUCUCAAGUGCACCUAAUUUUCCCUCUCCCCUUCACUCAUUCAAUUAA